AUGGAUAAACAGUUAAACUUACGUUGCAAGUUCUUUUUUCCCCUUGUUGCUUCUAACCUUGAAACAAUUGUUGAUUUCGUAGCCAGAAUUUUAAGUAUACAAUUUGUUGUAUGUACACAACAGCAGAUUAAUCUAGUUCGAGGAAGACUAUUAGAGAGAAUGUUAUUUGUUGAAGAUUUUGAGAAAAACAAUUAUUCUGGAUCCAAUCCACCACCAGAACGACAAGGCGUUUAUAUGAUUACUGAUUCUAGAGAUGAAGUUCUGUAUGUAGGUGAAACAGAGAACCUCGCAAGAAGAGAACGCGAACAUAAAAAUUUUGAUAUGUUCAAAAAAACAGAAUAUUUUCUGUGGCAUGAGUUACCUAAAAAUACAUCUGAUAAAAGAAGAAGAGAAAUCGAAACCAAUUAG